CCACACUUCUAAGACUGGAAGAGGAAGAGAUGGAGGACAUAAGAAUUAGGAAUCAGGAAGAGAUGGAAAAAAGAGAGAGAGAGAACGAAAAAUGGCCUCCUGACAGAUGGUGCGAGUUGGAGAUAAAUAUGUACAAUAAAAGAUAUAGAAAUGGGGACCUAACUAGGCAGGAAAUAAUAAAAAAAUUCCGAGGGCAACCCAUAGGCAUCCAACGAAUAAUCCUACCCGAUUACGAAGGGGACACAACAUGAUAACUAAAACAAUUUAAAAACAAGAAGGCUAAGCAAAAACAAACAAAAGAAAAAAGGGGGAAAAAAAAUGGUAAAAAGGUAAAAAGGUCGGCAAAAACUAGAAACUAGAAAUUAAAAAAAAAAAACAAAAAAAAAGGCUAAAGGCUCAACUGAGAAUGAAAAAAUUCAGAGGGCAACCCAUAGGCAUCCAACGAAUAAUCCUACCCGAUUACGAAGGGGACACAACAUAAUAACUAAAACAAUUUAAAAACAAGAAGGCUAAGCAAAAACAAUCAAAAGAAAAAAGGGGGAAAAAAAAUGGUAAAAAGGUAAAAAGGUCGGCAAAAACUAGAAAUUAGAAAUUAAAAAAAAACAAAAAAAAAGGCUAAAGGCUCAACUAGAGGGUACUAAAUAAUCUUACAAAUAAUGGUAAAAUUUACUUAUAAUAUUUUACGUAGAACAGCCUGAUGAAGUCUCCUAGUCCCGCACUGCUUGCUGCUGCGAGCGCUGUCCUUGCGCAAUAUGGGGCGCGCUGUCCUUGCGCAAUAUGGGGUCCGCUGGAAUCGAAGCCGCAGCCGCUGCAACGGACGCCUGCGCGCAGAUUGGCUACCUGUUAUGUCCUGACAACGAGCGCCGACGACUACCGCAACUCUCCUAGCCAAUCCUGCGCGCAGAUCUGCUCGCUGGUUUAUCCUUGCAGCGACUCGGCGACCCUGUAGGGAUGAGACUAAGAAAAGGAUUAGAAACUGCAUAACACACGCGACACUUCAAAAAUGUAUUCCUGGUCAAUUACGCCUUGCCUAGACCCGCUGAUCGCCAACAGCCUGAUGAAGUCUCCUAGUCCCGCACUGCUUGCUGCUGCGAGCGCUGUCCUUGCGCAAUAUGGGGAGCGCUGUCCUUGCGCAAUAUGGGGUCCGCUGGAAUCGAAGCCGCAGCCGCUACAACGGACGCCUGCGCGCAGAUUGGCUACCUGUUAUGUCCUGACAACGAGCGCCGACGACUACUGCAACUCUCCUAGCCAAUCCUGCGCGCAGAUCUGCUCGCUGGUUUAUCCUUGCAGCGACUCGGCGACCCUGUAGGGAUGAGACUAAGAAAAAGGAUUAGAAACUGCAUAACACACGCGACACUUCAAAAAUGUAUUCCUGGUCAAUUAGCACCCUGCAGGCGUUUAGGACUCGAUUGAUGAGCUGCUGCCUUUCUUCAAAUUACGCCUUGCCUAGACCCGCUGAUCGCCGCAUGAACACAAAACUGCCUGAUGACAGACACCACAGCGAAAUGACGACGAGAUUUCCUGUGGGGAAGAGAAGAGAGCCAUUAGUUAUUUCCUCUACACGUGCGGCACCUUAUAAAAUGUAUUACCAGCCCAAUAUCCAGCAACAGCCAGCAAGAAGGUAAAAAUUUGCAAGCGGAACACGUUUUUACACCAAGCUAAGCGAAGAGAGACCGUACAACUGACGCCGUUAAAACGCAUGAAUGAAUGAGACCGCACCACUACAAGACUGAUUAAUACUAGGACAACACUAAUUAAAAAUACCAACCGAUAUACACACGCUUAAAAUUAUCGCCACUAUCGAUUGUCCGAUAAAACCAAAGUAAGACCAGACAAGCCGGACUCGAUACACUCUUAAAUGACGAGACCGAUAAAUACUAGGUCAACACUAAAUACCAGACCGAUAAAUUCCAACCUAAACUAGACCCGUCUAGUAUUGGAAAAUGACAGACCCGCUCUAGUGUGGUAAAUAGGUCAGACCAGCUUUUACUGAAAAAAAAGAGAGGGAAAAAUCGAUCACCAACGGCGUCGUCUAUCGAGGCCCUCUUCCUCUUUCACACAGCAGAUAGCAAUCACUAGCAAACCGAAAAGAAGACCAGACGGAAGCGCAGAGGGAGCCCAAUCAGAAAAAACAUGGAUACAAGCGACAGUUGCCUCUCGAUUUUCUCGAUUUCGUCGGACGAGAAAAGCUGCCCAACAUCACCGUUCCUGAUGGAUGUCUCGUCGCUGGAUACAACGCCACACUCAAACGAAACCACAAUAAUAAGAACAGGGAUACAAGCGACACAACUAAUUCUUAAUUUUAAGUACUCCAAAUAAUAUGUUAUAACACAAUCUCUCCAAACAAAUGUAAAUUGCCAUAAAUUGUAUCUAAAUAUUUUUUAUUUAAAAAAUCAAAGAACAAUAAAAUGCCAGUGGCAACAGCUGCUGAAAAUUUAAAAAAAAAAAAAAAAUCGCUUUGGACCAUUUGACGGCUGGCGACGAGACCCAUGGGCGGGUUGGCAGCCUCCUGCAAAUUAAAAUAUAAAUUGACGGCGGCGCGGGAUCUGUACACGAAAAUAAAACACUGACGACUGGUGAAACUACUGUAACAAAAAUGAAAACUCAAACGCAAAAUAACGGCCGCUGUGGUGGUAAAAAGUACCACACUUGUCAGCCGGCCAAAAUUUACACCAUGAAUACUUACCAGAAACGCUGGCCCAACUUUUUCCUUUUAAAUCUGCGCGCAGCCUGCGGCUCCAAAUAACUGGGACAAACAACUCCCUUUCUCCACCGGCAAUGACUCCUGAGGCUCGAUGUUUCCGUCCUUCUGGCGGGGGCAUCUGAAAAUAGAAACAAUAUAAAUGUUAAACUUAAUUUAAUUGACAAAUGCAAAUUUCCUAAACCUUUAAAAUGUAAACAAACAAAAACCAUAUGUUAAUGUUACCAUCCACGCAAUGUUUAUAAGUAAGAAAAUACCAAACCAUGUAUACUUACCACACCUGUCCAACCCUAACACUCAUCCCCAACAAUGUACAAAUUCAAAAUCGAAAAUAAUUGUACCUAGAUAUUGCACUCUGUGUAAUCACAGGCAAAUAAAUGCGUGGAUGCGGGGCAGAAAUCAUCAUUCUGUCUCCCGUACUUUCACCAGAAACGUCAAAAA